AUGAGUCAGACCCAAUCUUCACCCACAGUCAUCCAAUGGGUUAUCGACACCCGUCCUCUUUGGCCCUCUGCUGUCAAAACCCAAGACCUUACCAGCAGUGCCUCGCGCGCGCUCUCCCUUCUCACAUCCGAUGAGCGAUCGUCUGUCUUGAGAUACUACCACGUUCGCGACGCCAAGCUCGCUCUCGCUUCAGUCCUUCUUAAGCGCUAUGUAAUCUCUCGCUUCUGCCGAGUCCCCUGGUCUCAGGCCAACAUCACUCGCGACUCCCGCACCAAGCCCGUGUUUCUGUUGCCAAGCGGUGAUGAGCCUCUAAUCUUCAAUGUUUCGCAUCAGGCUGGUCUCGCAGUUCUCCUCGCCGUGCAUGAGCCACCAGAAGGUCUUGCUGUAGGAGUGGAUGUCGUGUGCCCAUCGGAACGUAGGAAUCGAGAUCUAAGUAGUUUGGCAGAUGAGGGAUGGCCAAAUUUUGUCGAUAUACAUGCCGAUGUCUUUGGCAUUGGCGAAGUCUCGGCGCUUAAGAACAUGAAACCUGGCACUGUUACUCACGAGCGGGAUCGGGCAUUGCGCUACUUCUAUGCGCUUUGGUGUCUCCGAGAAGCCUAUGUCAAGAUGACGGGCGAUGCACUCCUGGCGAGUUGGUUGAAGGAUCUCGAGAUGCGAGGCUUUGCCCCGCCUGAGGAUAUGCGAGAACCUCAGCAAGUUUGGCUCAGAGGAGCAAAGGUAGAGGGUGUGGACGUGAGGCUAGUACCCUUACUGGAAGAAUACAUGGUCUCAACUGCAGUGAGAAAUGCUCACAAUGGAGAAACCGUCGAGAUGAGAGAGUUCCAAAACCUUGACAUAGAUGAAGUGUUGGCAUUCGGGGAAAAGGCGUCCUGA